AUUAGUAGACGACUCACAAGUAGGCCAACCUGAAUGUGAUCACGUCCGUGCUGGUCGAAACGAUAAAAAGAAGACGUUGAAGUGUGCUGAGCAUACUCCGCCAGAAGAGCAGCAGUGUGAAGCGAUCCAAGAAAUCGACCUGGAAGCGUGUGUGUACUUGAUGCAGCUGCAGCAUGAUGACGCGCCACGUCCACAACGUUCCACAUCGAAAAUGCUUCUGCUGGUGCGCCGCGAUGAAAAAACGCAAAGUGAGUUUCUAAAGAAGCAUGCUCCUGUAGUUCGCAAUCUCCUUGUCCUUCCAUCACACAACUUCGUUUUCGGUGGCCCGAUCAUGAACUGCGAGCAACCCUUUUUGUUCGAUGAAAAUGAGGACGACGGCGUAGAUUCCGAGAAAAUAAGCGGCGACUCGUCGUCGGCUUCCUCCGACCAAGUUGGCAACUACAACAAGGUCUACGCCGCUCUGGAUCCUGCUAAUAUCCGCGCUGCCAGUGCUUCCGGAACCAACAGAGCCAAACAGGAGGCCUGGAUCCGAAGCACGGAACGCACCUCCCGCUAUCUAAGCACAGGCGCUGGUGCGGUGUCCGCACGACCUGAUCUUGGUACGACCAGUGGAGUACCAUCCUCCCGGAGGGCUGGCACGUCAAAACUCUCAACUUCGACGGAUGAGUACGCAGAGCAGGCGGGGGAGGACGCUCUCGACGGCCAGGGUAACCCCUCUGGAAUGGAUCGGCGAGGUGCAACCGAAAGGACCAGGCAAGACACGCGAUUUGGUCAGCUCAUGCACCAUUCUGUAGACGAGGAUCGUAGCUCGUAUCGGAAGACGGCCAGCAACGACACGGAACGGUCAUUGUCCGAGAAAGCGGCGUCGAAAUCGGAAAACCAGAAGCGCCUUUCGGACGACGCGUCCUCAUCUUCUACUGCGGACGAGGCCGAGCAUGUGCGGACUCUCGCGGAAAAAUUGCACCUGUCUUCGACCGUUCGCGGCGCGCUGGGAGCGGAAUUUUCUGAAUACGUGGCCGCACCAAAAGGGACGAGCAAAAGUAAAGGAAAGCUGCAGCAAGGAGAAGGGGAGACCGCGCUGACGCACGUCGAAGGUCAUGAUGAUCAUGAAGAGCAGCCGCAACUUCUUAAUCACCGAGCCCCCCGUCUAGGUCUCCUGGAAACUUCCAUGCAGAUGCUCGAAGGGGCUGCGGACCAAGGGCGGGAGUCAAGUAGUCGGGUUCGCAGCCGGAUCCAAGCCGACAUGGAGCAUUUUGAGAUGCGGCAGCGAGCUAUCAAAGAGCGCCUGCGUCUGAAUGACGGCUAUCUGCAGCAAUUGAGUGCCGAGCGAAAAGCAUUACGAAGUAAGGAUCCCGAUGAAUUACUUGUGCCGCCACGGGAUGGCGGAUUCGUUGUUGCCGCUUCGGCUCGACAACGCCCCGAGGGGGAACGUAUGGCAAAUUCACUCGAGCAAGGAGACGACGCGCGACUAACGACCGCCUACGUAGGGCAAGCUGCAACUUCUACUCCUGCAGCCACUCUUUUGGCAAACAGCGGUGGGCUUCGCGUCGCACAGGAUGAAGGUAAAGGCGCUGGCGCGAUGUUGACCACCACAACAAGAACAGACAAUAAUUUACUAGGAAGCCACGGGGACAAUUCUGCUUUGCUCGACGAUUCACAAAUAGCUUCUGGCGAACAAAAAUCGAGCCGAGAGGAAACAUCGACCAAAGUUGCAUCGAGCUCAGGAGGUGGUUAUCGAAAGUCAGCCCUGGCGCUGGGUGAUCGGAGUACCCUUGUCGAAUCGAGACAUCGGGCGACAAGUGUUCACCGCGCGAGCCGCCCCACGCCACAGGAACACGAGCUACAGCACCGCACUACUUCAGCAGUUGCUACCCAGCUUCCGGGAUACGGAGAAUGGGUUGUGAAGCAGCGUCGCGAGGAGGAGGCGAUCGAACGCUUGCAAGCGCACGGUGCUGCGAUACACUCACAAAUCCUGAUCACUCCGGGGCAGGCACGGUAUUUCGAAAACCGGUCGAAAAUGCUGCAUGAUCUCCAUCCACAACACAACGCAAACAGUGAUGUGGUGCAUGCUCAACAUGCACAGCAUGAUCAUCAACAGCCCCAGCAACACCAGAAUGCACUGAAUGACCCCACAUUGGAGGACCGCAUUCGCCUGCUGGAGCUAGAUGCGAGGCUGCGAGUCAUUGAGGAAAGAAAAGCAGAGGGAAAUAUAAUCAGCGCCCCCAAGCCGCUCGUGAUAAACAGUCCACCGCUCGGGAGUCCGCCCAUCGCCGUCGCGCCGAGGUUGAAUCGGACGUCUGCAGCUGCGGUCGACGUGACACCAAAUAAGAAAACCCUACAGACAGACGCAGAAGUCCUCCGAGUGCGCGCAGAAGGAGAGAACGCCACUGCAGCGUUGACCGACCCUGCCUCGUCACCAGACGAACCACCGAGAAGCGCGCUCGGGCAGGCCGAGCCUUCUAGCUCAGAGCAAAUCUGGGGCAGGAAUGGCGAGUUCUUUUACGUCGCUCCUGGCGACGUUCACGCACCACCGCCUUUGCCAAAGCGAAAAGAUUCGUCUCCUGGUCGACCUCGGCUCUUUCUCGAUCUCGACAAACCGUGGAAAUCACGGUCCAACUCACGUUCAAAAUGAAUCACCCGUGAUCGGCCGCGACGCCCGCAGUGGAAGCAGUUCUUUUGGCGGCCCGGUGGUUGACCUCGGCCUCCCUCCGGCGUACGAAGACAGCAGCGACCGGGUCGUGCUCUGGUCUGAACAGGAAGCGAUGCGGCGAUUUUCGCCGUCCCGUCGCCGACAGCGUGAGGACGCUAACGACGAGGAUGUUGUGGGAAACCGCCUCGCCGGUCGGCCAACGCAUUGGCAUUGCUUUCCAUCCUGUAACAGAACCGUUUUCUGGAAGGACAAAGUCAAAAUUCAGUGACGAUGAUAUCAUUCCGUGGCGUCGACGUCGUCUCUUCGUAUACUUACAUUCACGGAUAAAAAUGAAGAAUUUUUUCAUCUUCACUCCUG